AUGAAGUUCUCCAUCAUCUUCCUGGUGACACUGUUUGCACUGGUGUUUGCCCAGGGCGGCAACCAGUGGUCCAAGGAGGACCGCGAGAUUUUCGAUCUCAACCUGGCGGUCCAGAAGGACCUCAACCCCGACAACUCCAAGCCGGUCAGCUUCUACCAGUGGCUGGACACGGAGCGAAAGGCGUCUGUGGACGAGGUGACCAAGAGCUACCGAAAACUGUCGCGACAAUUGCACCCCGACAAGAACCGAAAGGUGCCUGGAGCCACAGAUCGAUUCACCCGGCUAGGUCUGGUGUACAAAAUUCUCAUCAACAAGGACCUGCGAAAACGAUACGACUUCUACCUCAAGAACGGAUUCCCUCGGGAGGGCGAAAACGGCGAGUUUGUGUUCAAGCGAUUCAAGCCCGGCGUGGGCUUUGCGCUCUUUGUGCUCUACUUUUUGAUCGGCCUGGGCUCCUACGUGGUCAAGUACCUCAACGCCAAGAAGAUCAAGUCUACCAUUGAACGGGUGGAGCGAGAGGUGCGCAAGGAGGCCAGCCGAAAGAACGGAGUCCGACUGCCUGCCACCACAGACGUGAUUGUAGACGGUCGGCAGUACUGCUACUACAACACCGGUGAGAUCCAUCUGGUGGACACUGACAACAACAUUGAGCACCCCAUCUCUUCCCAGGGGGUGGAGAUGCCCGGCAUCAAGGACUCUCUGUGGGUCACUCUGCCCGUGGCUCUCUUCAAUCUUGUCAAGCCCAAGUCUGCCGCCGAGAAGGCCGAGGAGGCCAAGAUCCAGCAAGAAAAAGAGGCCAAGGAGGAGCGGGAAAGGCCCAAGCCCAAGGCCGCCACCAAGGUCGGAGGACGUCGACGUAAGUGA